AGUACAACAUCUUAAAAGAUUACUGGUUUCUGAACUUUCAAGAAAACUUUUCUGUUAAACUUUGUUUUGCUUUUAAGACUCUUGAUAUGAAUAGCGAGAUUAACUGGAUUUUUUUAUAAAUAAUUACUCUUUUAUUACCCGAAUUGUAAAUCAGUUGCUUGAGCUUUAAAUUGCUUAGAAAGAAAUCUUUCAAAUUCUCAGAAAAUUUAUAUCAUGGAUUAACUAUAAGUUACUUCUGUAAGGGGAUCUAUGGGCUUUCAGUUUUGUUUUUGCAAUUGCAAACACCAGGACAAUGAUUGCCAAGAUUAGUUUGGGAUCUUAGUAGACGAAGCACAAAAGAUGGUUCAUUUUUAAUUUCUUUUUUUGGCAAAUUGCCCAUGAAUCAGAGGGUAUCUGUCUUGUCAAAUUUGACUUUAUUCAUUCGUUGAGGUAUGCUACAUUCAAAAGUGGGUGCCGAAUUUGGGCGUCCUCCAUGCAAACUUCAUUGAUAUCGGUUAGACUCAUUUCAUUGGCAAUGAUUGAUUGCAAUUAAUAAAAGAAUUAUUAAUUGCACUUGAUAACUGCUCAUGUCUAUUGUAAGAUAAGAGGAGCUCAUUAACUGGGCGAUUUGCUGUCUUUUGGAGGAUUAACCCUAUCGUCAAUCUUGACUUAUUCAAAUAUGACUCAGAAGGGAUCCCUUUUUUUUUAAAUCCACUUAGCUUGGAAGAGAUUUCUGUUUCUGUCUUAACUUAUUAGUGACGGGCAAUUUGGAAGGGAUGACCUCUAAUGGGUUCUAUAAACAUGAGUUGUAUUUCCCUAAAUGUGGGCUUUUUGUUCUUAAUUGAGGAAUUCAUAUAUUAUGAGAGCAUUGCGAAAUUGCAUAUGGAGUUUUCUUUAUCUGGUCUAUACAGCUUGUGAGAUUUGUAUGCCUUGCUCAAGGGGAUGUUCGUGCUAAGUUUCAGCAGUUUUCUUUAAUAAAUCUUUGGUUGGCUUCACACACAUAUAUUACUUUGACAACGUGGAUUCAAAUUGGACUAUGGAUCAAAGUCUUGAUGUGGAACGGCCGACAAAUCCCAUGCUGUCACCUUUGCUUACUGAUCUGUACCAGUUCACGAUGGCAUAUGCAUAUUGGAAAGCUGGCAAGCAUCUUGACAGAGCAGUAUUUGACUUGUUUUUCCGGAAGAACCCAUUUGGUGGAGAGUACACGGUGUUUGCUGGAUUAGAAGAGUGUAUAAGAUUUGCUGCAAAUUUUAAAUUUAGAGAGGAGGAAGUUGAUUUCUUACGCACAGUAUUGCCAACUACAUGUGAGGAGGGAUUCUUUGAUUAUCUGAGAGGAGUUGAUUGUUUGGACAUUGAAAUAUAUGCAAUUCCAGAAGGGUCAGUUGUUUUUCCUAAAAUACCACUCAUCAGAGUUGAAGGCCCAGUGGCACUUGUGCAGCUUUUGGAAACACCCUUUGUCAAUUUGGUGAACUAUGCGUCAUUGGUUACUACAAAUGCUGCAAGGCAUAGGCGAAUUGCUGGGAAUUCUAAACUUUUGCUUGAAUUUGGACUUCGUCGAGCUCAAGGACCUGAUGGGGGGAUAAGUGCAUCCAAAUAUUGUUACAUAGGUGGAUUCGAUGCAACCAGCAAUGUUGACGCUGGGCGACGGUUCGGCAUACCACUUCGAGGGACACACUCUCAUGCUUUUGUCAGUUCUUUUAUGGGACUUGAUGAGAUUGUUGACAGGGCACUUCCUAGAUAUGAUGGAACAGGCAAUUGUGAGGAUUUUGUGAGCUUAACACAACACUGGCUAAGCAAAUUGAAAGCGGCAGAUUCUUUGAGGGGAAGUUUCUCUGACACAAAUACUAGUGAGAUAGCAGCAUUCAUAUCAUAUGCACUAGCUUUUCCAACAAAUUUCCAAGCUCUUGUGGACACUUACGAUGUUAUGAGAAGUGGAGUACCCAAUUUUUGUGCUGUUGCUCUUGCCCUGCAUGAUUUAGGAUACAAAGCACAUGGAAUAAGGUUGGAUUCAGGUGACCUUGCAUAUUUAUCUACUUGGGCCCGGAAGUUCUUUUGUCUAAUUGAAAAGGAAUUUUCUGUUCCGGAUUUUGGGAAGAUGAUAAUCACUGCUAGCAAUAAUAUUAAUGAGGAAACACUUGAUGCAUUGACUAAACAGGGCCAUCAGGUGGAUGCAUUUGGGAUAGGUACCCAUCUUGUUACAUGCUUUGCUCAGCCUGCCCUUGGCUGUGUUUUCAAAUUGGUAGAGAUAAAUGGGCAGCCUCGAAUGAAAUUAUCUGAAGAUGUCUCAAAGGUUUCAAUUCCCUGUAAAAAACAGUGUUAUAGAUUGUAUGGGAGAGAAGGGUAUCCUUUGGUGGAUAUAAUGACUGGAGAGAAGGAAUUGCCGCCAAAGGAAGGAGAGCGGCUUUUGUGUAGACAUCCAUUCAGUGAAUCAAAACGAGCAUAUGUUGUGCCACAAGAAGUGGAGGAACUCUAUAAAUGCUACUGGCCAGGAGCUUCGGGUAAAGAACGCGAGCCCUUGCCAACAUUAGCAUCAAUUAGACAGAGAUGUAUUAAACAGUUGGCUGGAAUGCGGCCUGAUCACAUGCGUGGCUUAAACCCCACACCUUAUAAGGUGAGUGUCAGUGCGGAGCUUUAUCAGUUCAUUCAUUUCUUAUGGUUGAAUGAGGCACCUGUUGGAGAGUUGCAGUGAAGGCUUAUUACUAUUUAUUGUAUGUUUUUAAUUAAAUGUUAAUCCAGCUCUUCCUUGUUGAAAUAAAAAAGAUGAAAAUAGCACCUUAUGCCUUGAAACGUAUGGAAGUCUUGCACUUAAUGUAAUCCCUAAAGAAACCAGAUGUAACAAAUGCUCAAAAUAAACUAAUUGAAGUCAUCUUCCAUGAACAAGAAUCAAGAUUUUUUGUA